GCCUUGCUAGAAAAUUGUUUUUCAAGUCAUUAGUACAUAUUACAAAUUUAUAGAAUUGUAUAUGUUGGAUGCAUGAAGACAUGGUGUAAUGACACUCACUGUCAACUUUUGUCAACUUGAUGGGACGUAGGAUCUCCUAGGAGAAAGGCCUCCAGGCACACACAUGAGAAAGGGGGUGCAUUAGAAGACUCUCCCUCCUACAGUGACCUAACCUCUAUCAGGCCCUCUGUUUGCCUUUCUCCUCUCCUUCACCCUCUCCUUCUCCCAGCUCCUGGACCACCAUCUUUCCAAACCUUGACGCUCAGGAUUCUGUUGUUUUAGUCCCUCAGCCUCCUGCUCCAUCUUUAAGUUCUCACUUCUGCUCUGGCUCUCUCUCAUCCAUGGUAAAUACUGUUAACGUUCCCAUCUUAAAGAGAACCUUGCCAUCUUAAAGAGAACCUUCAACUUCUCUUUCUUUGUGUUCAUUUUUCUGUGCCUCUCUUUAGUAAGUCUAUCUACUGGCUUUUUCUCUACCUGGUUUUCAUUUCUCAAUGCAUUUCGACAAUUGAUAGAGUUUUGCUUACUAGACAUCUAUGAGCCAAAGCUUUCUGGGGUCUUUUCAAAGUCACCAGUUAUGUCAUUUCACUAAACACCCUUCCCAUCACCACCCUACCAUGCCAUGAGACAGGGUUUCUCUGUGUACCUCUGACUAUCCUGGAAUAUAUACCAGACUCAGAGAUCCUCCUGCCUCUGUCUCCCAAGUGCUGGGAUUAAAGGCAUGUACCACCACUGCCUGACAUUUCACUAAAUCAUUUAGUAAGACUUCUUAAUCUUAGUGUGCAGCACUUGUCAGCAGCUUAUGUACCUGGAGAAUCUCAGCAGGCGGCCUUGAGCUCCAUGCCCCGACACCUUGUUCCUCUUGCUUUUCACCCACCUCUGGGUUUUCACAUCCUGUUUGACAUCUCCUUGCAGUAUAUUCUUCCUUUAUCCCUUAAUUUAUCACAAAUAUGUUCCAAGCUGUGAUAUCUCACUCCAUGGCAUGCCCUUGGAUUUACUGAUUCCUCCUGGUCCUGUACCUCAAUGCUGAUGGCUUCACCUUGACAAUUCUGGUAACUAGGUGACAUUAUCUCCUCCUGAGAGCAUUAUUGAAGUACAGUUUAGUAGCCAAGUUACUUCAGACACCCCAUUAAUAUGUUUUCCCUCCUAUAGCCCAUUGUGCUGCGCCGACCACGACCAGCGGAAAGAAGACGCAGGACAACCAGGGUCAGCAUGGAGACACAUCCCUCCUUAGAGGUGGAACAGUCUUACCCAGACUUGGUCAUCUAUGCAGGAAAAGUGACUCUCGGAGAAAAAGAUCGAAAUAAAAUGGACUCACAGAAGAGAAAGCUGGAGAAGACAAGAAUUACAGAGGCUGCUUGUGCUCUGUUAAACUCUGGAGGAGGAGUGAUUGCUAUGCAAAUGGCCAACAAGAGUGAGCAUCCUGUGGAGAUAGGACUGGACUUGGAACAGUCUUUGAGAGAGCUUAUUCGGUCCUCUGAUUUGGGGGCUUUCUUUGAGACCAAGCAACAAGAGGACCAGUUUUACAUUUUUGUUAAAUCUUGGAGGUGCAGCCCUGAAGGUGGUUCCACUAACCCUCGAAUUUGCAGCCUGGCCUCUUCCCUGUGCUAUAGAUCUUUUACUUCUGUGGUCGACAUGGAUUCAAGGAAAGCAUUUAACUUUCUGAAGGACAAGAAGAAGUAUGUCAAAUAUAGUCCUACUGAUGACAGAGCUCCACCUGCUACAAUUCCCAGAGCCAAGAGUCAGAGCAGCCUUGAAUCAAAUCCUGCUUUUGAAAUUUUUCAAAGUGAGAAACUUGAACAUGGCCAACAGUUGCUUUUUUCUGAAUCCACAUUUAUAGAGUUUAAAAGAUUCUCUACCGACCAUGUUCAACAAUAUAUAAAAAAUACAAUUCCAGAGAACAUCUCCGCAUUUGCAAACACCGAGGGAGGCUAUCUUUUCAUUGGAGUGGAUAAUGAGAGUAAGACAGUCCUGGGAUGCCCAAAAGACAACAUUGACCGUGACUCUUUGAAAGCAGUGGCAGAUAAAGCAAUAUCCAAGUUGCCAGUUUUCCAUUUUUGUUCAUCUAAGAACAAGGUGUCUUAUGAGACCAGAGUCAUAGAUGUGUUUCAAGAGGGAAGUUUGUAUGGUUAUCUCUGUGCAAUCAAAGUAGAGCAGUUCUGCUGUGCAGUGUUCUUAGGGACUCCCAUUUCAUGGAUGGUAGACAAGGAGAAAGGUGUCUACAGCCUGAACACCGAGGAAUGGGUACACAUGAUGGUGGAUGUUGGCCCAGGUAAGAGUUUUUCCUUCUCAGUCUUUUCUGCCUCUUUUGAGUUCCUCUGUAUCCUUCAUGCUCAGGAAGUCUGAGUUCAUUGC